GUGUAACUGCCUCAGACUCCUGCAGCCACGCAGGUCUUUGUGUUUCAUCCUGUAACUGUCAUCAUGACGCUAAAGUGGAAACAAUUGACUCUGUAUUAAGUAUCUAGUGCACUACACGAAGUGUGUAAAGGGCUUUAUUUCCUACUCCAUGUAGUGCACGUGUGUAGCGCAGAUGGAGCAAUUUGGAAUGUUUUACUUUAGAGUUCCGACCGUUGCGCUUUGGCUCCGCCCCCUACCCCUCUCUCUCUCCUGAUUGGUCUAAAGUUAGCCACCAGAUCCAGCCAGCGCGUGCACUGAGAGUCUCAGGACAAAUCUGAGUACUUUCAGUGUGAGCACGAGGUCUGACAGACAAGAGAGGGGGGAAUAAACAAACAGUACAAAAUCUAACAGCUGGAGUUUGUCUGCAAUGGUCGGAGAUCACACCAUAUCCGGGGACAGCACGCUCUCUCAGCGGUCUAAAAACGGAUUAAGCUGUAAAAUGGUCCUACAGGCUGUGGGCAAAGUCCUGAGGAAGUCUAAGACGAAGCCAAAUGGAAAGAAGCCACCCACAGAGGAGAAGAAGCCGUACGUAGAACCAGACUACACCAAAGUAAGGGUCGUCGACUUCGACCUGAAGGAGCUGGUGGUGCUGCCACCCGAGAUCGACCUGAACGAAUGGCUCGCCAGUAACACCACGACGUUCUUCAAUCUGAUCAACCUGCAGUACAGCACGGUGUCCGAGUUCUGCACAGGAGACACGUGCCCUGUCAUGUCAGCCUGCAACACGACGUACUACUGGUAUGACGAGAAAGGAAAGAAGACAAAAUGCACGGCGCCACAGUACGUAGACUUCGUCAUGAGCUCGGUCCAGAAGCUCGUCACAGACGAGGACAUCUUUCCCACAAAGUAUGGCAAAGAGUUCCCCAACGCCUUCGAUUCGUUGGUGAAGAAGAUCUGCCGCUACCUUUUCCACGUGCUGGCACACAUCUUCUGGUCUCACUACAAGGAGACAGUGGCCAUGGAGCUGCACGGACACUUAAACACGCUCUACACGCACUUCAUCGUCUUUAUACGGGAAUUCAACCUGAUGGACCCCAAGGAGACGUCCAUAAUGGACGACCUGACCGAGGCCCUGUGUACGCCCUUGCCCCCUCCUCCACAGAACCACGUGACGGAGAGAUGAGGCUCACACUCGUCUCCUUUCCAUCCCUCUGCUCAUGGGAGGACCGAAGGACACGCCCUUUCACCUCCCACAAACUUAGCUCUCUUUUUUACAACCCGGUCAGGAAGGGUCAGCCUGGCCUGCGGGCAGCAGCACACUCCCAGACCCCCCCUUCCUCUUCCAGAGGCUGUACUGUUCUGCGAGCCCUUUAACCAGGAAGCAUUGACACCUUCACCUUCUUCCUUUUGUUUUGUUUAUAGUUUGUUUGGUUUUCUUAUGCCCAUGUGCUAAUCCGGGUGGGUUUGGAAUACGGGACAAUAGGUUCGGUUCGUCUCUUCUUCCUGACGUUAGCGCCUUCUAUCCAUCCAUGUUAGAACAACAAGAAAGAUGAGGAAGAUAGGAGUGGCACCGCUUUUCUGUACAGUUUAAGAAGACUGAACUGUAGUCCUGGUCGUCUACAGAGUCUUCUUAAUCAUAUAAGGGUUUUUUGGUUUUUGUUUUUUUUUUUUUUUACUUUGGAGGCACAACAGCGAGUGUGAAAUUCAGACCUUCAGGACCAGACUGUUUACCCCAUAAUAAGUCUGACUACUUUCCACACAAGUUGCUCUUUAAUCCAGGGUCUUACACAGUGGCUGCACCUUUUCUUUUUUUUUUUUUUUAGUACUUUAGAUAAUCUAGUCAGACCGUAUGCCCUCGUCAGUGCUUCUCCAGCACCGGAGCGAUCCGCAGACAGGCGGCCAUAUCGGAUCCAUCUAGGAAGCAGCACCGGUCCGAAGGCCUCGCUUUGUGGUGCUUUUCCAUUACACAGCACAAUGACAAAGACAUUUUGUCUGCUACCUUUGUUCCAUAUCCUAUAUAAAAGGUACAAGUUACAUCACAAUUCCCCUUCAUGUUUAAUUAAGAAAACAAAUAUUAAAAAAAGAGGGAAAAAAAAAAGAAACUGCUAAGGGAACAAUUGGGUCAGAAUCGUUUCAGGAUCGAGGCUUCGCACCAGGCUCACUUUGCAAGGACACUUUGAAAAAAAGGAGAAGUGGCAAAAGAAUGUAUAAUUAGUCUUUAUGUAUUUAACUGUUGGGGAAAAAAAUAUCCGGAGUGAGUGAGAGAGAGAGAAUGAAAGGGAAAAAAAAGGUGUAUGUAAACAUAAAAGAUAGAGAAAAGAUAUUUUAAAGUCCUCCCUUCAUCACUGUUUAGAGAGUUCUCUUAGGUUGAGCUUCUCUCAUUUAGAGGGUUGGAUGUUUUUCGUUUUUAAUUUAUUUAUCUUUUUUUUCCACCCUAUUUGGUUUAGGUUUUGGCUUUUUUUUUUUUUUUUUUUUUUUUUUUUUUU